AAACAAAAUGGCGUAUGCAGCGAGGUCCUACAUCCUGAACAAGAAAAGGCAAGAACAGGCAGGCAAUCAAAGAUGCCAAAAAUGUUUGCAAGUGGGUCAUUGGACGUACGAGUGCAACAAUAAACGAAAGUAUUUGCAGCGGGAUUCGAGAACAGUGGUGAUGAAAAAGAAAAUCAAACUAGCCAGUUCUUCUCGCGAUAAUAAUGAUUCAAGUAAAAGUGAGUCAGUUGACAAGGAAAAAAGUGCUCCAAAUGAAAGUGACAAUGAAAGCAGUGACAACAAUGAGGAGUCUGAAUCUGAUGACUCAUCCACAACAGACAGCAGUGAUUCUUCUGAUGACAGCAGUAGCAGUAGUUCUCCCAGCUCCAGCAGCGGUGAUAAUAGCAGUAAAUCUAGCAAUUCAGAGGAGUCAGACAGUGAUAAUGAACGGAAAUCAAAGAAACAGAAGUCAAAGAAGGGCUGAGCUGACGCAAGACGAGCAAACAUGAGAGCCACAAAACACGAGAAUCACACCACCUUACUUAGAGGAUAAUAACGGUGUCAGACAUCCAGAGGCGUUUGAAGGAGCUGUGGACGUCAUCAUCCUCUGCUGUCGUUUUGUUGGGUUGCCUGUUUAAGCAAAUCUGAGUGGGCACUUCUACAUUUAUUUCAGUCAAAUGUUUUGUGUUUGAAGGCUUUCCUUCACGGACGCUACUUUCUUCUUUUUAAUGUACCAUUUUUCCACAAACAGCAAAAGUUAAAGGAUCCAAUGAUCCGAAUCACUAGUGCGCGGUAGGCGCUCUUAAAAGUGGGCGGAAGUAGGCGAAAACAAUUUUCCUGAAUCAAAGAUCGGCGCGCACUAAUGUUACCAAAAACUGCACACGAACUUUUUUGAAACUGCGUGCGCGAGUUGUGCGUGGGUGCGCAUGAGCGCAUUAGCGGUGCGCGCAGGUUUUUGAAACGGCACGCGCUGUUUCUGAGCGCCAUGUGUGAGUUUUUUAGCAGCGCAUUAUGUUUUAAUUUUGUUAUUUCUUAAAGGAAGGAGGACCUAAUAUUUAACUCUCUUGAAUUUUAUUGCGAAAUAGUGAAAGACAGUUUUCUUACAGAUGCAUUUUAUUGAGAAA